CAAAAACAAUUUGAUUUAUAUCAAUUUUUUAAAAUAAUCGUUGCUCGUCUGAGCGUUUCCGAGGUACGCUGAGAACCUUGCCAGCUCUAUUGGCCAGUUCUAUUUGCGUAUUUGCCUUUUCCUACGAAAAAAACGACCGCUAUACACUUCAAACGCGCAUGCUCCAUUGAACAGCCUCCUCAACUGUCCCUUCAAGGCAGACCGAUUAUUCUAUCCCAAACAGCUAAAUUAUUCGGGAUGACGUUCGAUUGCAGGCUCUCGUGGAAGCCCCACGUACAGGCUCUGAAAGGCAGUUGCCUAAAGAGAUGGAAUCUGCUGAGACACGUGGCCGGCCUGACAUGGGGAGCCGACAGACUAACCCUGUUACGCCUCUACAGAGCCACAACCAGAUCUAAGUUAGACUACGGCUGCAUUAUAUACCAAUACGCCAAUAAAGAAACACUAUCUGUACUGGACUCUAUCUAUAAUUCAGCUAUACGAAUAUGCACCGGAGCCUUCAGAACAUCACCCAUCCUCAGCUUAUAUGCAGAGAGCGGUGAACCUCCACUCUAUCUCCGCCGAAUACAGCUCACUCUACAGAUGAUAGCCCGUCUCAAGCAAUUACCUCAAUCCCCAACAUGGCGCAGCGUUAUAACUGAAGAUCGACCAAACAAUUUUCCGUACAAUAUUCCGUCAUCCGAAGACUAUGAAACACUGCUUGCAGCAACGCAGGCUCAUGUACUAGAAGUCAUACCAGCCAUAUUUGAGGAUACCCCUACAUGGCGCAUCCCAAUCAACACAUUCUGCCCGGACCAAAACUACCCACGGAAGCAAAGCUCACACCCAACCGAGAUGAGAAACCUCUUUCUCCAACAUGCAUCUCCAGAGCAUGCAAACUCUACGCAUAUUUACACCGACGGCUCUAAGACGAACGGCGCAGUGGGAUGUGCAGCGGCGGUGUCAAGACGACUCAGUUCGAGCUCGUCAAUCUUCACCGCCGAGCUGGUCGGUGUCAGCUGUGCCCUUAGCCUCAUAGACCAACUGCCCGGAGACGACUUUACAAUAUUUGUAGACUCCAAAAGUGUGGUGCAGGCUUUGAGAGCUUAUAAUAGCAGGUACCCCAUCGUCUGGGAGAUCCUAACCGGGCUGGUGCGCCUGGCGGGGGCGGGGAGAGCGGUGAUCGUCUGCUGGGUGCCCUGACACGUGGGGGUGCGAGGCAACGAGAGGGCGGAUGAACCAGGCGAUCUAUAGCGAGCAGGUCCCUUGCCGAGACCACUACCCUAUCAUCAAGGCAAGUAUCCGCCAUAUCUGGCAGAAACACUGGCUGAACGUGAGAGAGAACAACUAAGAACAAUCAAGGAUUGUGUACGAACGUGGAGUUCAUCUUACCAGAAAUCCCGGAAGAUGGAGGUAGCGCUGUGCAGACUAAGGAUUGGCCACACGCGCCUCACUCACAGCUAUCUGAUCGAACGCCGUCCUAUGCCGUAUUGCAAGGAUUGUUUGGUACCCCUGACGGUCUUGCAUGUUAUGGCGGAAUGCCAGAGCCACAGUGAUACCCGGCAAAACUACUACCCCAACACUACUGCCCUAAGCCCAAAUGAAAUGCUGUCUAAGAUGCUGAGAGAAGUUCCCCGAAGCAUCUUUGGGACUGACAACCUCAGACGAUCUAGGAUAGAACCUGCGCCUUGGAAAUAGAAAAGCAUACACCCUAGACCAGAUGAAGCAGGCUACGAGCCUGAAACCAACGAAGAAGCCUGACCCUGCAAAACGAAUAUCGGACCUUCGGCGCGAAAUAGACUACACUGAUCUGAAGCGCUAGAAACCUCUCCCU